AUGAAGUACCUACUUAUAUGCGCAUUCGGUCUCGUGACCGUGGCGUCAGCUUUGCCCAUGACGUCACUUCAGCAAGAUUUCGUCGAGUAUUCUGCAGAUCUUAUCAACCGGAUUAACGCCAUGAACACAAGUUGGAAGGCAGGCCCGAACUUUGCCGGUGAGACCGUAGGGUCGGUGCUGAGUCGUUUUGGCCCGGUCGGGGCAGAGUUUUUACCGGCGGAGGAGAAGCCAAUGCUCCCGGUUACCGACGAUGAUACCGACAUACCGACGGAGUUUGACGCCCGUACCAAGUGGCCCCAGUGCCCCUCCAUCGGCCGUAUCUCCGACCAAGGGCGCUGCAAUGCAUACUGGGCUUUUACUGCUGUCGAGGUGAUCAACGACAGAUACUGCAUCUCCCACGGCGUACACGUCAACAUAUCGGCGGAGGACGCCUUGACCUGCAAUCCGUAUAUCGUUGAAAAUCGUGGUUGCCUCUACGGUAGCCCGUACAUGGGCCUGAAGGCGUGGGAGGAAACUGGAUUAGUCACCGGCGGGGCUUACGACAGCAACGCUGGCUGCCGUCCCUACCCGUACAAACCCUGCACUCACUACGAGAAUGGGACGUACGGCCCUUGUCCGGAGCCACCGGAGAAGGUCUCCUGCGACAAGAGCUGCCGGGCUGGCUACCCGAAGGAAUACGAGCAGGACAAACACUAUGGUUCGUUUUAUCCGGUGGCCCAAUCCGAGACGAGCAUUCAGAAAGAGAUUAUGGCAAAUGGAUCCGUUACGUCAUACAUCGUGACUUUCCAGGAUUUCCCCCUUUAUCGUACAGGUGUUUAUCGGCACACAUCGGAUAAGGUCACCGGUAGUUUUGCCCUGAAGAUCCUCGGCUGGGGCGUGGAAGGCGAUCAGAAAUAUUGGCUGUGUGCCAACUCUUGGAAUACCGAAUGGGGUGACAAAGGAUUUAUCAAAGUUCUCCGUGGAGUGGAUGAAUGCCUGAUCGAGGCGAACGUACAGGCGGGAACUCCAGUAAAGCCUUCAAUUUAGCUGAAACCUGAUGCUAGCAGAACUGUUACCUGCAAUUUUACGAGACAAACAUCGGAAACGUUGUGAUAUUUCUAUCACUAUUAAUUAUGAUAGAAUUACAAAAACAAAUUGUAAAGGCUUAUCAGUCAGAUACUAUGAUUAUUAUGAUUAUUAUUAUAUUUAAUUGACGUUAUUUAUCUUCUCACAAAUAUUGUAGUCGACUUUAAUUUGAAUUU